AUGCCACAAGUGGGACCAAUUGAACCAGGUCCUGAUACUAUACGGAUUUUGAUUACUACUGAUAAUCAUGUCGGUUAUAAUGAAAAUGAUCCAGUACGAGGUGAUGACGCUUGGAGAACAUUUGAAGAAAUCAUGUACAUAGCUAGAGAUAAAGAUGUUGAUAUGGUCUUACAAGCUGGUGAUCUUUUCCAUAUUAAUAAACCAUCAAAGAAAUCAUUGUAUCAUGUUAUUAAGACUUUAAGAAGAACAUGUUUUGGAGAUCGUCCUUGUGAAUUAGAAUUGCUUAGUGAUCCAUCUUUAGUAUUUGAUGAUGGGUUUAAUAGUGUUAAUUAUGAAGAUCCAAAUUUGAAUAUUUCCAUUCCAGUGUUUAGUAUAAGUGGUAAUCAUGAUGAUGCUUCAGGUCAAGGAUUAUUAUCACCAUUAGAUUUAUUGAAUGUUAGUGGGUUGAUUAAUCAUUUUGGUAGAGUUACUCAAAGUGAUAAUAUCAAUAUAAAACCAUUAUUACUGCAAAAAGGUUUAACUAAAUUAUCAUUAUUUGGUUUAGCAAGUGUUAGAGAUGAACGUUUAUUCAAAACUUUUAGAGAUGGGAAAGUUAAAUUCAGUUUACCUUCAGUUCAAACAGAUGAAUGGUUUAAUUUAAUGUGUGUUCAUCAAAACCAUGCCGCUCAUACAAAUACUGCUUAUUUACCAGAGCAUUUCCUUCCAAGUUUCUUGGAUUUGGUUAUUUGGGGUCAUGAACAUGAAUGUAUUCCAUAUACAGUGCCCAAUACCGCUACCGGAUUUGAAACAUUACAACCAGGUUCAUCAGUGGCAACUUCAUUAUGUGAAGGUGAAGCAAUUGAAAAAAAAGUCUUUAUAUUGAAUGUUAAUCAAAAAGAUUAUAAUUUAGAAUCUAUUAAAUUGAAAACAGUACGACCAUUUCAUAUGUUAGAAAUUUCACUAUCAAAAUGUCAAGGAAUUAGAGCAGGUUUAGCAUAUAAGAAUGAAGUUACACAAUUCUUGAUUGAAAUAGUUGAAAAUUUGAUUAAAGACGCACAUGAUGAAUAUAAAAUUGAAAAUCCAGAUGAUGAACAAAUGCCAUUACCUCUUAUUAGAUUAAGAGUUGAUUAUUCUGGUGGGUAUGAAGUGGAAAAUCCAAGAAGAUUUAGUAAUAGAUUUGUUGGUAAAGUGGCAAAUGUUAAUUCAGUUGUUCAAUUCCAUAAAAAGGAUAAAAAUAUCGCUGGUUUAGAUUCAAAAGUUUCCAAAAUUUCAUUAUCAAAUAAUCCAAAUGAUGAAGGUGAAGGUCCAGAUACUAUUCAUGUUGAAACUUUGAUCAAUGCAUUUUUAAAAGAAGCUGAAUUAUCAUUAUUACCUGAAAAAGGAUUGAAUGAUGCUAUAAGACAAUUUGUUGAUAAAGAAGACAAAAGCGCUUUAAAAGAGUUUGUUGAUUCAGAAAUGAAGAGUGAAGUUAAACAAUUUUUACAAAAUAAUGAUUUAAAUUUCGAUGAUGAUAUUAAGAGCAUUUUGAAAAAAAUCAAAAAGGAAAGAGGUAUAAAUACACCAGAUUCUGGUUCAAGAGAAGGUACUGCUGCACCUGCUGCAACAUCCAGAGCAGCUACCUCUUCAAAAUCUAAAACACAAAAAAAGGCUAAAUCUGAUGAUUUCGUCGUGGAUUCAGAUGAAGAUCUGGAUCUAGGUGAUGAACCUGUACCUAAACCAGCACCAAGAUCAUCUAGAACUGCUAAAAGACCAACUGCUAAAAGAUCAUAUGCAGUGAAUUCAGAUGAUGAUGAAGAUGAUGAUUUCAAUGGUGCAGAAGUUAAUUCUGAUAGUGAUGGUGAUUAUAAUGAAAAUAAUAAGCAAAAGAAUAAUGAAGUGCAAGUCAUAGAUUCAGAAGAUGAAGAUGACAAUGUUCAAGUUAUAAAGACACCAUCUCCCCCAAGAAAAUCUACUAGAGGUCGUGGCGGUGGUGGUAGAGGAUCCAGAGGUGGGAGAGGUUCUAGAGGUGGAUCAACCAAAGAAAGUAGUGGUAGAGGUAAGAGCAAAUCUAGUAAAGCUGCUGAUACACCUGUUACUGAUAUGAUUUCUAGUUUACUAUCUAGAAAGAAGAAAUAG